AUGGUUAUGAAAAAGUUUCAGAUUGUAUACAUAUACAUGAAGCUAGAGAUAGAUGUUGUCUCUGAUAUCAGGGCACUUUGCAUGGAAGAAAUUGGUAUAUGGAUGAAGCUGUACCCACAGUUAUAUUUGAAUGAUAGCUGCCUGAAGUACAUUGGUUGGAUGCUGUAUGACAAGGUCCCCGAGGUACGUCUUAAAAGUCUCAUAGCUCUUCAAGGACUCUAUGACAAAAAGGAUUUUGUUUCCAAAAUGGAUCUCUUUACAACCCGGUUUAAGGAUCGUAUUGUAUCGAUGACAUUGGACAAAGUUAAUGAUGUAUCUGUGCAAGCUAUGAAGCUCCUUGUGCAUAUGUCACAGCAUUGUGAAGAUUUGUUUACAGCAGAGGACUGUGAUUCCUUGUACCAGUUUGUGUAUGCAUCAUACAGACCUCUGGCCGCAGCAGCUGGCGAACUUCUGUUUAAAAGGCAUCUAAAUCAAGUGUUGCCUGGGGAAGCCAGUGUACAAGAGAUACAGAACACUCUGCUCAGUGCCAGCCAACUGAAAUCUUUGCUUGCUUUCUUUUGCGAGAGUGAGCUUCAUGAACACCUGACGUACCUUGUUGAUAGUCUCUGGGACUGCACACCUGUUUUUUUGAAAGACUGGAAAUGCAUGUCAUCUAUUCUGCUGCAUGACACCAAUGAAGAGGAAGGGGGCUUGAAUGCUGAACAGGAAAAUCUCCUCAUUGAACUAAUCCUAGCAAGUGUGCGUCAAGCAGUAGAAGCUCAUCCUCCUGUAGGAAGAGGAACAUCUAGAAAGGUACUGUCAGCCAAGGAGAAGAGAAUGCAGCAAGAAGAUAGCAUAAGAAUUACUGAACACUUUGCAGAGACCCUACCACUUCUACUGGCUAAGUAUGUAUCAGAUUCAGUGAAAGUGACUAGCCUAUUGCAGAUGCUUCAGUAUUUUGAUGUAGAAGUUUAUACUUCUGGAAGCAUGGACAGGCAAUUGGAGAGCUUGCUGAAGCAGAUUAGACACAUAGUUGUGGAACACUCAGACCCACUGGUGCUAGAGGCUUGUUCCAAAGCUUACAGCAGUCUUUGUAAAGAAGACCUGUCCAAUCACACCCGGGUUCAGCUGAGCAUGAGACAGUUGAUAGAUGAUCUUGUGGAUACCUUAGACCAAAUGCUUAAUGAUAUCUUACAAGAGGGAGAAGAGACACUGACUGCAGAAGAUGUACAUCCAAUGUCCUGUGUUUUAAGAAGGCUAGCAGCAUUUCACAAUGCCCAUAAUCUUUCCCAGUGGAAUUUGUAUCAGAGGACUUCUCAGCUCUUACUCUUUGAUGCUGAGCACCAAUGUUUGCCUGUUCAGCUUGUUCUCCCAGCUUUCCAGUGUAUGUAUUAUGCCGUUUUCUGGCUGUUGGUACUUGUUACAGAAGAAUCAACCCCCAAGGUGGAGCCAAUUUCAUUCCAAACACAAGUAACUAGUUUUUGGCAGCUGUGUAGACACUACCUGAGGCACAAGGAUCAGUCAAUAAGCGAACAGGCAUUCCUGUCACUGUGUGACCUACUUUUGCUUUUAAGUCACAAUGACAAUGUUGGAGGAAUACCAUGUGAUGCAGACUCUACUCUGGAGUCAGAGAUGCUUUUAUUUAUACAGCAGCAUGUCUUCCAGAGCGAUGAUGAGAAAAGCAAAGAUAACGAAGUGGACCAGAAUUUGAUGAGUUUACAUAGGAAGAGAAAUCUCCUAGCUGUCUAUUGCAAGUUAAUUGCAUACAAUGUUAUAGAAAUGUCUUCAGCGUCAGAGAUUUACAAGCAGUACAUGAAGACUUAUAAUGACUUUGGAGACAUAAUUAAAGAAACCUUAAGUCGAACAAGGCAGAACAACAGAAUCGAGAGUGCAAAAACGUUGGUCCUCUGUUUGCAACAGCUGUUUCAGAAGCACAAAGAAGCACAUGAUGGUGCCAACCAGUUUUCCUCUUCAUUCACUAAUAUAAAGGAGCUGGCUCGCCGCUUUUCUCUAACCUUCGGCAUGGACCUUGUGAAAUACAGAGAGUCUCUAGCUAUGAUGCACAAACAAGGAAUUGAGUUUGCUUUCCGAGAGCGAGCAGCUGAAGAUGGUCUCCCUCCACCUAACCUGACAUUUCUUACCUUAAUCAGUGAGUUCUCCAGCAGACUUCUUAAACCUGACAAGAGGCUUGUGUAUGGAUACCUGCAAAGAUUUGCUAAUGAUCAGAUGUUGUUACACAAAGGAGAAGCAUGGCAACCAUUAGUCGUAUAUAGUAAUUCCCUGCUAGAUAACCAAGAUGAUGAGAGCUCUUUUACAAGCAGCUACUUUUCCAGUCCAGCCCAAAACUUAAAGAGGAAGCAGUCAUACGAAAGCAUUUCUGGAAAUGGGGAGAAUGAAACGCACCCAUCAGAGGUCCAGAUCAGAAAUAUUCUUGUCAAAAAGCAGAUACCUCAUGACUGUACAUCAUUGAACAACCAAUCAACUUCAUUUGAACAGAUAUCACAAAAUAUAUACUCUGAUGAAGGGAAUAUUGAGGUUGAUGUUGAUGAAGUUGUUACUCAGGUAUGUCCUGAGGUACAGCAGUGACUUCUGCCACUGUUUUGCAGUUCUGAUAAGGUACUUGCUGUAUAUUACUAAGUGGACCAUCAAUGAUGAUUUCACACACCUCACUCCAAGAGAGCUUAUUUCAUAUGCAUUUCCCACCAGUGUACUACUGUUUAAUGGCUGAAAAUAAUCAGAAAUACAUUUAAAUAUUUUGGAAUCAACUAACUAUAUAUAGCUAUUGGAUUAUAUAUCUUAUAUAUAAUUGUAAAUAUUAACGUCUGUGUGUGUAUACAGUUGCAAGAAAAAAU